AUGGCAAGCAUGAUGGGAAACUCCCUCAUUAUGCUCACUGUAACUUCUGACCCUCACUUACACUCCCCCAUGUACUUUCUGUUGGCCAACCUCUCCUUCAUUGACCUGGGAGUUUCUUCUGUCAGUUCCCCCAAGAUGAUUUAUGACCUUUUCAGAAAGCACAAAGUCAUCUCCUUCGGUGGCUGCAUCACUCAAAUCUUCAUCCACGUCAUUGGUGGUGUGGAGAUGGUGCUGCUGAUCGCCAUGGCCUUUGACAGAUAUGUUGCCAUAUGCAAGCCUCUCCAUUAUCUGACCAUUAUGAGCCCAAGAAUGUGCAUCUCCUUUUUAGUGGCUGCCUGGAUGACUGGUCUCACUCACUCAUUGGCCCAGUUGGCUUUUGUGGUAAACCUGCCCUUCUGUGGCCCUAAUGUCUUAGACAGCUUUUACUGUGACCUGCCUCAGCUCAUCAAACUUGCUUGCAUAGUUACCUAUAAACUGCAGUUCAUGGUCACUGCUAACAGUGGGUUCAUUUCCUUGGGUGCUUUCUUCUUGCUCAACCUCUCUCACAUCUUCAUCCUUGCCACUCUCCGGAAACACUCCUCAGGGGGUUCACCCAAGACUCUUUCCACUCUGUCAGCUCACAUUAUUCUGGUGGUUUUCUUCUUUGGUCCACUGAUUUUUUUUCUAUAUGUGACCUCCUUCACCAUAUCUGGAUAA